AUGUCGUCAUCCCCACACUCACCCUUCAAGCGGCUGCUGGUCGCGAACAGGGGCGAAAUCGCUGUCCGCAUUCUUCAUGCAGCAAGAGAAUUGCCCACCCCAAUUGAGCUAUUCGCUCUUUACACGUCAGACGACCGAUCGCACUGCGAUCUGGGCCGACCGCAACAUGCAAUUGAAAUCCCCUCGGCCUCCACAUAUCUCGACAUAUCAUACCUGGUAAAUCUAGCAAAGAAACACUCCAUCGACGCCGUGCAUCCAGGGUAUGGAUUUCUGAGCGAGAGCGCCGACUUCGCAUAUCGGAUGUUCCACGAAGCCGGCGCAAUUGUAAUCGGGCCUGGAUGGGAAAAUCUUGCUCGAACCGGCGAUAAACUGCAAGCAAAGCAGUUGGCUCAGAAAUGCGGGGUUCCUACAUUGGACUUUAUGCUUGAAGCUACCGGUGAUGUGGACGAAGCGCGUGCGUUCGCCGAGAAGAUUGGACUCCCGGUUAUGGUCAAGGCGGUUGAUGGAGGGGGUGGGAGGGGUAUUCGUCUUGUGCGAGAGGAAUCGGAAUUGGUGAAUAAUAUUCAGAGGGCGAUUGGUGAGUCGCCUUCUAGGUCUGUCUUUGUGGAGAAGGCGGCGGUGGAUGGCUUCCAUCAUGUUGAAGUGCAGAUUGUUGGUGAUAGGACGGGGCGGGUACGGCAUCUUUGGGAGAGAGAUUGCAGUGCCCAGCGGCGGUUUCAAAAGGUUGUUGAGUGUGCGCCGGCUCUUAUGGAGCGAGCUUUGGUUGGAAAGGUGAUCGAGGCUGCGCUUCGGAUGGCUGGCGAGGUUCGCUAUCACUCGCUUGGAACAUUUGAGUUCUUGGUCAGUGAGCAGCGGCAGGAGUUCUACUUUCUCGAGGUAAAUGCCCGUCUUCAGGUUGAGCAUACUAUCACGGAGGCCAUCAGUGGGGUAGAUCUUGUCCAAACACAGCUUCUCCUCGCCCAGGGAUGGACGCUGGCAGAGUUAGGUCUGGACGCUGCAGUGAGCCCAGAUCAACCAGCUCCAAACGCUUUUUCGAUUCAACUCAGACUCUGCGCCGAGGACCCAGAAAAUGCAUUCGCUCUAAGCGUUGGCAAAGUGACUGGAUUCAGUGUCCCAAGUGGUCACGGGAUUCGAGUAGACACCAACGUUGACCCCGGCUCUCCACUAGUCGUGGGGUCCAACUUUGACAAUCUACUCGCCAAGAUCAUCGUGACCGCAUCUAGCUGGGAGGCAACGGUUCGCAAGGCUCAACGCGUGCUAGCAGACUCCCAGAUACAGGGCGUGACCACCAAUAUCAACCUUCUCAGAGCAAUUGUUGCCCAUCCUGACUUCAUGUCCGGCCAGGUCGACACACAAUGGCUUGGACUCAACCUUGACACGAUCCUUCAGCAAGGCAAACAAAUAUCAAGCAAUAUCCCGACGCCGAAGAACUCGCUCAGCUCAAAUACCGCACAUCAGACCACACUUCCGGCAUCCAAUCUGCUAUUCCGGAAAGGCGAUGCUUGGUCCAUCACACUGGAGCCCCUAUCGAAGGACACCCCAGAGACCGCGAAAGUCGCCCACCAUCUCUCCCUCUCACGGGUUCUACGAAACGAGUUCCCGAAUUCGCUUACAGCGGAGAUUGAAUACACCACGCCGGCUUCUCGGACUGCGAUGCCCUAUCGCAUGCAAUUGGAGACGACCACGACUGCGGCCUCGGCGCUGGUUUCAUCGCAUCGGCGAGGUGACCCCCGGAACCCACAUCAUAUCGUUCUCCCUCUCUCGGGCAGACUGAUUGAGGUGCUAGUCUCCAGUGGAGACGAAGUGGUCCAGGAUCAAGUGUUGGCGUUUGUCAAGCAGAUGAAGAUGGAACUUGAGGUGCGCAGUCCUCGUAGUGGGAAGGUCAAGUGGGUCUACGAGAUGGAGGAAGAGGAGGAAGAUGUUGCGGAAGGGAUAUUGUUGGUUGAGCUGGAGGGCGAAGUGGAGCUUCGAGGGAAGCUUUGA